CCCGAGCCGGCUGCGAGCCCUGACCACCGAAUCCCCUGGCGGAGUUUAAGCAGGGAGCCGCUUCUCAUCGCUCUCACAGACCAGGCACCAAGUGCAGCAGUCCUGUCCGCACUCUGCAGUCUGCCUCAACACCUCAGCCGCCCGCAAUGCCCUUGGAUGCUGCAGCGCUGCUCGCGUCCCCCCCGCUCUGACCAGCGGCUCCUUCAGCGAGUUUCCCGCGGACUCUCACUCAGCCUCAUCUGCACGGCAUGGAACUAAUGGGGAAGAUCCAAGGAUAACAGGCUGCGGGAUUUUUUUUCUGCUACUGCAGAGGACCUGCCGGUAGUUCGCAGCCCCGGAGGAGGAGGAGAGGGGGGGCUGCGCGUAUCCCAUCGUUUUGAUGAUCUGAAAGUCCCUUUGCAUGGACGGAUCAUGGCCACCUUUAUAUGCAGGGUGCAGUUCUUAGAUGAUACAGACCCAUUCAAUAGCACCAAUUUCCCUGAGCCCACCAGACCCCCUCUGUACACGUUCAGGGAGGAUAUUCCUCUGAUCAAUCAGAUUGCUGGAGUCCACAGGCUGCUGAAAGCCCCACAGAAGCUCGAUGACUGCGCCCUCCAGCUUUCUCACAAUGGAAGCUAUUUGGAUUUGGAGUCCACCCUUGCAGAGCAGAAAGAUGAACUGGAGGGAUUUCAAGAGGACGGAGGGAGGGGCAAGAAGCACAGCAUCAUCCUGCGAACUCAUCUGUCAGUCAGAGUUCAUGCCUGCAUUGAAAAACUCUACAACUCUUCAGGGCGGGAGCUACGGAGAGCCCUAUUUUCCUUAAAGCAAAUUUUCCAGGAUGACAAAGAUUUGGUUCAUGAAUUCGUGGUGGCUGAAGGGCUGACAUGCUUGAUAAAAGUGGGGGCGGAGGCAGACCAGAACUAUCAGAACUACAUCCUCAGGGCUCUUGGUCAGAUCAUGCUGUAUGUGGAUGGGAUGAACGGUCUCAUCUCUCACAAUGAAACGGUUCAGUGGCUGUACAGCCUGGUGGGAUCUAAGUUUCGUCUGGUGGUUAAGACCGCUCUAAAGCUGCUGCUGGUGUUUGUGGAGUACACCGAAAGCAACGCUGCCCUGCUCAUAAAGGCUGUGAAUGCUGUGGACACUAAAAAAGGUUCAAAGCUGUGGUCCAACGUCAUGGAGAUCCUGGAUGAGAAGGAUGGAGUGGAUACGGAGUUACUGGUGUUUGGGAUGACACUCAUUAAUAAGACUCUGGCCGGCCUUCCAGACCAGGACUCCUACUACGAUAUGGUUGAUUGUCUUGAGGAGCAGAACAUUGAAACCACAGCGCAGAGACACCUGAGUAGGAAAGGCACAGACCUUGAUCUCGUGGAACAAUUCAACAUCUAUGAGAUGACUCUUCGCCACGAGGACGGGGACAGCGAAUCCCAGUUGCCCCCCAGUGGACGAAAAGACCGCCGCCGGGCCAGCGUCGGUGUGGUUAAUGAAAGGCGAGGCUUGGAGAGGAGGCGAAGCCGAAGACAUUCCCUUCAGAACAGCAGAGGCCCCGCGUCCGCCCCGGCCUCACCCAGCAGUCCUGCCAGCAGCUUCCUGCCCUUCACGGGCCAGCGUGUUGAAGACAUCAGUGAGAGAGAAGAGGAAGAGGACGAUGAUGAGGAGGAGGAGGAGGAGGAGGAUGAUGAGGAGAACGAGACAGAUGAUGAAAAUCAUCCAGUCACUGAUUCCUCUAGUCAGGGAACCCACAGUGCGGUUCCAGCUGUAGCAGACACUCCUAGCAUGUGUUUGAACUUUAAGUGUAUGGCCAACAUCCACCCUAAAGCCAGUGACCCUGAAGGGCAGAGAGAGUGUCUCAGCGUCACGAGCAGGACAUCUCCUCCUGUGUCCGUGGCUCCUAAAAAGAGGACCUUUAGUCCUUGUCCAACAGAUUCUACAUCUCCUUCAUGUAACCUGCCUAGAAAGCCCUGCUGGGCUGAAAGAAUCAGCUCUAAUGGCACGCCGUACCCCGGCAGACAUCAGACGGUGGCGUCCCCCGUCCAUCGCCUCACGCUCUCAGCAUCCUCGGCAUCCUCCACAUCAGAAUCCAAAACCGACAGACCUGCUUUAGGGAGCUUGUUAAUGUCAUCGUACCGGCAGCAUCAGGAGUUUCUCGCCGCGGAAAGAGAGAAGCGACAGCUCGAACGGGAAGAGCGUCUGCAGAGAAUUGAGAAGGAGGAGAGGAACAGCUUUUGCCGAGAUUAUGCGGAGAAUUCAAAUUCAAAUGUCAAGAAGCGAGACGAAGGAAGACAAGCUCGAGAGGAAAGGUACAAGGCAGCGGAGCGGCGAGCUGCAGAGGAAUUUGAACGGGAGCGCCCCAAAAUGCCAACCAGAGGACGAACAGAGAUAACUUUGUGUUUAAGCCCGACGCCCCCCAGCCGCUCGGUGUCCCGCUGUGCCACCCCAUCAUCCAUCAUCUCCCAGGACCCCUCUGUCCUCACUGCACAUCACACUUCGGGGAAAGAGCAGAUCUCAGAUGCAAACCUUGUCCCUGUGAGCAGGAUAAAAAGUCCAGCACCAGAACCCGCCCCAGAACGUCCCUCUGAACCGGACGAGCAGCAGAGAGGGACACCUGUAGAGACGGAGAAUGCCGCUGAAACUCGGCAUGAGGAGAAUGCAGCGGCCCGGGCGCUGUCAGACCAGCAGUCAGGCGAGAAGAAAGAUGAGACACGAGAGGAGGAGAAAAUUCACGAGCAGAGUUUGAGGAGAGGUGAGGAGAUAGGAGCUGAUGCGGCAGAGGUGGAGGAGGCAGAUGUAGAGGUGAAAAUGGACGUGAAGGAGGAGCCAGCAGAAAAGGAGGCUGAGGACGGUGUGCUGCUGAGUGAGAAAGAAAGACAGAAUGAGGAAGUGAACGAAAAGGACAACUGCUCUGCAUCCAGCAUCUCCUCUACGAGUAGCACUCUGGAGAGGGAGGAGAAAGUCUCCGCUGAUAUUGCAGCAGGGCAGUGGGCUGAAGAGGCGGAUGUGAAUGACCAGUGCAAGAAAAUACUCAACAGCAAGCACUUCAUGCUGGACAUGCUCUACACUCAGAAGAAAUCGCUGGAGGACGACGGGAUUGUCGGGGAAUCGCAGGUGGAGGAAUGUAAAUGUGAAAAGGAGGAAGGUAAGAGUGACUCCGUGGUUACUUUGGCCAGCAGGAUCUCCACGCUGGAGGCAAACAGGCGUGACGACAAUGUGAGAAAAAAGGAGGUGGGCCAACUGGACAAUCAGGGCAGUGUGCGGGCGGUGGCGGAAAAGUUUGGAGAUAUAUUCAAGGGUCUGACAGCUCCACCUGAGCCGGAGGCCUCGAAAGAGCAAAGUGACAGGUCAUCAGCUGUGUGCUCUUUACCCACUAAGAAAGAGUCGGACCAGAUCUGGGAUCAGCUCACGGCCGUGCCCAGAGAGCUACGGAUCAAAGAAAUGGACUUCACGGACCUGAAAGAGGAGGACGACAUUGACAUUUUAGACAUGGAGAAUAUAAUGAAGUCCCCGGACGUCGUGCCACCACUCUCCCAUCUGCCUUGCUCUCCUGCCCUCCCACCACCACCGCCCCUGUUCGGGUGUCCCCCACCUCCGCCCAUUCCUGGCAAAAUGAUGCCUCCGCCUCCGCCGUUCAUGGCCCCCCUUCCGCCACCAUCCCCUCAUCUGAGUCGAGGCGACGCGCCUCUGUUCCAAAAGAAAAAGAAGACCAUACGUCUCUUCUGGAACGAGGUGCGUCCCGUCAACUGGCAGUGCAAGAGCCAUAAGUUCUGCAAGGAGUCCCUGUGGUCCAAACUGGAGCCAAUCAAAGUUGACACUUCCAAACUGGAGCAGCUGUUUGAGUCCAAAUCCAAGGAGCUGCCCGUCACCAAGAAAGCAGCAGUGGAUGGUAAACGACAAGAAAUCAUUGUUCUGGAUUCAAAGCGCAGCAAUGCCAUAAACAUCGGAUUGACGGUCUUACCUCCUCCUCGCACAAUCAAGACCGCUAUUCUCAACUUUGAUGAGUAUGCACUAAACAAAGAAGGCAUUGAGAAAAUCCUAACCAUGAUCCCCACAGAGGAAGAGAAGCAGAAGAUUCAGGAGGCUCAGCUAGUCAACCCUGACAUUCCUCUGGGAAGCGCCGAGCAGUUUCUGCUCACGCUCUCCUCCAUCACGGAGCUGUCCGCUCGCCUGCAGCUGUGGGCAUUCAAGAUGGACUAUGAGCUUAUGGAGAAGGAAGUGGCAGAACCUCUGCAGGACCUGAAGGAAGGAAUGGACCAACUAGAGAAAAACCGGACUCUCAGAUACCUCUUGGCCACACUUCUGGCCAUCGGUAACUUCCUCAAUGGCUCAAACGCUAAAGGCUUUGAGCUGAGUUACUUGGAGAAAGUUCCAGAAGUGAAAGACACAGUUCACAAGCAGUCGCUGCUGCACCAUGCCUGCUCCAUCGUGGUGGAGAAGUUUCCUGACAGCACCGAUCUGUACUCGGAGAUCGGAGCCAUCACCCGCUUAACCAAGGUGGACUUUGACCAACUUCAAGACAAUCUGUCACAGAUGGAGCGGAGGUGCAAAGCAUCAUGGGAUCACCUCAAAGUCAUUUCCAAAUAUGAGAUGAAAGCUGCGCUGAAACAAAAAAUGUCCGACUUCCUCAAGGAGUGCGCGGAGAGAAUUAUAAUUCUCAAGAUUGUUCACCGACGAAUCAUCAACAGGUUUCAUGCUUUCCUGGUCUUCCUGGGCCAUCCACUUUAUGCUGUACGUGAGGUCAGCAUACAUCGCUUCAGUAAGAUCCUGAGCGAAUUUGCCCUGGAGUACCGCACAACAAGAGAGCGCGUGCUGCAGCAGAAACAAAAGAGGGCCAACCACAGGGAGAGGAACAAGACCAGGGGGAAAAUGAUAACAGAUAGUGGAAAAUUUGGCAGUGCCCCAGUAGGCUCACAGGAGGGCAAAUCUCACAUCCCGAACGCCGAGGACGCAGCAGAACACGAGAACAUGAAAGCCGUGCUGAAGAGCAGCUCACCUGACGGGGAGGGCGUGGCCUCCACGGUGCCGGGCCUUCGAACUCGAACCAGAGGCAGCACCAUCAGAGGGCGUAUUGCUGCGUGGAGUCCAUCCUGCGACGACCCCGUGAGCCAGACGGAGGACACAGCUGAGGAGAUCAUGGAGAGGAUCGUCAGGUCGGCCACACAGGGGCCCGGCCAGCGAACGCAGCCGAGAGAGAGGAGACGAUCCCGAGUCAACCGCAAGUCACUGCGAAGGACGCUGAAGAACGGUUUGACGACAGAGGAGGCCAACGCUCUGGGCUUGUCCAGUGGGUCGGAGAUGCAGGUGUGAGAUGGAUUCCUAUCCAGACUGAGAAAGCCACGCCCCUCCGACUCCUCCUCCUUCCUCCUCUCAGCUCUGAUGAGUUGACCUCAUCUUUUAGGCGUUUGGUUUACAGACUGUGGGCUUUUUAAAAGCUGGACCACCAGUGCAUCCAAACCACUAUGCUUGGCUUAGCUGGAUGAGCACCACCCAUCAGAACCUGCAAAGGCUUUGACGCAACCAUCCUUUUGCUUUUACCAACACCCACUGAAGUUUGGAGAGACGAAGGUGUCGAAAAUGACUUCCAGGGCUCAGCAUCGCCCCCUGCAGCUUUCAGCAGCAGCUCAAAGACUUUUUUUUUAUCUAUUAAAUAGAUGGCUUUGUGCAAAGCAUUAUUAUGUUCAACACUACUGUUGUAGUUUGUGUUCAAUUUUACUCAAGAAGGUGCUUAAGUUAGGAACAAUUGCACUGGAUGUAAAUGUUGGGUAUCGAUGGAAUGUGAGAUGCUCGACACUGACGAACCACUCGGACUUCUGAAUCUGCAAACGUCCUCAACCAGCAACAGUAGCACAGUAACACUUUUAACAUGACAGCUCAGAGUGCACAGAUUCAGAGCAGCAUUAGUUUACUGUUUGGGAGAAAUUUGACUAAAUCUGUUCAAAAAAAAUCCGAUUUCCUUUUUAUUUGACUCCACUCUCGUCAGAGGAAAGCCCUUGGAGGGCGGGGUGCAGGACUGCAUCUUCUAAUGCUAAAACUAUGAGCUGCACAUUUGAGAGUGCCUUGCAGAGUUAUUUAUUAAGACAUUUUCAGGGACGUAAUCACAACUUGUUGCUAGUUGUAUACUCUGUGAGUCUGAAUAGUUCAGUAUAGACCUGAGCUGUGACUUUUUUCUGCAUUUUUUCCAAUUAACCAGCUUUUUUUUUUUAAUCAUUAAAUAAAAUAGCUUCAUGAUAGAUCCUUUAGCCUCACUGUCAAAUUAGAUCCUGCAAAGCUCCAUAAACUCUAAAAUUCACUUUUUAUUAUUUAUUGGUGUCACUGGAGGUCUGAUUUGGUCAUACAGAAGGCUUAUUUUGUCACUUUUAAAUAUGGAAUAUUUAGCACUGGCAUGACCGCAAAUAAAAUUGAAAACCUGUACAGUUGGGGUCAAUCAGCAAAUGUGUUGCUUCCUGACUAUGAAUGGCCUUCGUUGGAAUUUCUGCUUUGCAGUUCACAGCAUCCACCACCUCCUACACUGUGAUUGAUGCACAGCCACUGCAAGAAGUCAAAGAAAUGCCACCAGCGCUGCUUUUAUGACAGCAAUUUACUGGGACCCAGUCGUGCACCUUAAAUCCAAUAAAUGGAGAACUCCCCGACUGAAAUGACUGUUCAGAAGUCAUUUUAAACUGAAAGCAGUUUCAUUUUAAGUCAUAUUUAAGAAGGCUAAGCAGUGAAUCACUUAAAAACUGCUGGACACAAAGGGAUGUUCCACAUGGUUAGUUGCAUCUUUUUUUUUUUAACUAAAAGAGGAGAUCCGGUGACCACAUUUUAACUACUAAACUACUUUGAUUUGUUGUCUUUGCCCUGUUAUUGGAUCACUGCUACACACCCAAGCCUCCUAUUCCAUCGCUCCCCAUAGCAAUACUACAGUAUGUAACAGCAACAAUUAAAAAAACUAAGUAAAAAUGUUUUUUUGUCUUAUUUGAAAAACAAAUUUAAGAAAAAAAGGCAAAAAAAAAUGCUCAAGCAUCUUUAUUUUUCUUAGUCCACACAACCCAUGCUUCAAGUCGCUUACUGUUCAAGAGCAUAAAGGUCGAUAAAAAGCUCAGCAACACAUCUCAUCUGGUGUUUUAUGAGGCCAUAGUACAGAACUCAUUUGGUCUUACUUAGGAUUCCUGCGUCCACAGGGGUUAUGGAUUUCCAUCUUAAUUAUGGUUUGCUUGACAUACUGCUUAGACACUGCAAAGAACAAGACAACUACCUGCAAAACAAGCGGGAAAGUUGAAAAAAAAAAAAAAA